CUCUGUCGCAAGUGGGCGGCGAUGGUUUAGAAAAAACGUUUCCUUGUCCGUCAUAUGCGAAGCUAAGGUAGCGCCUUCAGAUCAUUUGACAGCAAACUGAAUAAAAUAUCAGUUUUCUGAUGUAGUACAUACAACGUUAGUUUGAAUUAUAUAUUAUAUCCAUGCCUAAUAUUAGUCGGCUAUCUUAAUGCUAAAGCUAGCGGCGGUUAGCUGUUAUCACCUCGAUAUCUGACGGUACAAACACACUGCCUUUGUGGCGAUGAGCACGGAUCUGUUAUCCGAUUUGGACAGCCGGUUCUUCGCUGAUAACCUCCUGACAAGCGAAGACUGGGAUGCCUGCCUGUACCAGUGUGAGAGCAUGGAGGAGGGAGAGGACGGAGACUUCGGCAGAGAAUUGAAAUACGACACGCUGUUUGACAAUGACCUCGUCCUCACCCUUGAUCCUGACAACCCCACAUCGCCAUGGCAACACCUCAGAGACAACCUGCUCACAGGGGACGCUCCGGUAAUAAAAAGUGAAAUGACCAUCACACAGCCGUUACCGGUGGAAAUGCUGUUCCAGGUGAAAGCAGAGCCUCCCUCUCCUGCAUCGUCGCUCGGGUCUGACUGCUCGGCGUCAUCACCAGAACCUCAGAUCACAGUCAAAGGUGAAAACCCUCCCACUCCUCCGUACAUGUAUGGAGACGUGCUGUCGCCCCCGCUGGGAUCUAUGGAGGUCACCGUGGCAACAACAACCGUACCCCCCCUGCAGACACAGAUUCAGACGCCGUUAACCACACACAUCCCGGCAGUCAUCAGUGGAAUACAGACGCAGGCCACAGUUCUGCCGAGCUCAUCCUCAUUGAAGGCCAGCACCAUCCUGAGCACCAAACCCCCCAUCCAGCCCAGACCCGUGUGUGUCACCACCCUGCCUGUCCCCCAGACCCCAGCACCGGCCAAGGCGCUCAUUCUGCAGGGCCUCCCCUCCAUGGACCAGAGCAGACCUGUUGUCCUGUCUCAGUCCGUCUGUCUCGGUUCAGCUCCAGCCAUCGUCAAAGUGGAGCCCGUCUCUCCUAGCAUCUCCCAGCACUGCUCCAACCCCACAGCCCCAUCCACCAGUAAACCCAUCGUCCCGGCAACCUCGGCGUUACCUGGCAACAACUCCAACGACGUUGAUAUGAAGGUGCUGAAGCGGCAGCAGAGGAUGAUUAAGAACCGAGAGUCGGCCUGCCAGUCGAGGAAGAAGAAGAAGGAGUACCUGCAGAAUCUGGAGACGCAGCUGAGGGAGGCCCAGCAGGAGAACGAACGACUUCGCAGGGAGAACCAGGCGCUGAGGGAGAGACUAGCUGGGAAAGAGGGCAGCGACUCUGCGAGUAACAAGAGAGCCGUUUGUGUCAUGGCCAUUCUGCUGUUUCUGACCUUCAGCUUUGGACCCGUCAGCAUCACAGACAAGACACUGUCGACAGGCCUGCAGGACAGCGUGGUGUCAUUUACAGGACGCCAGCUGCUAGAGGUCCAACCACAUCGGCAGGUGGCUGCUGAGCCUCCAAGCAGAGCGGAGGACAGGACAGAGAUGGAGGACGACCCAGGGGAUGAUCGAUGGAAGAAGGGGGAGGCGGAGAGAUAUGCUCCAGAGGCAUUUCAAUUCAGGAACCUGAGUGACGUGUUCAGUGACGUGAAGGACCUGGUUCUUCAGGACAUUGACCGUUACUUCACCUCGUCAGACUGCAGACAGUUCAACCGCUCCGAGUCGCUCAGGCUGGCGGACGAGCUGAGGGGCUGGGUUCACCGCCAUCAGAUCGACCGUAAGAAGUCUGGAGGGAAAGCAAAGAUGGCCAAGAAGGCCAAGAUGGCCCAGAAAGCUCAGCUGAGGAAGAGCAACUUCUCCAGAUAUCUGCCGAUCCAGGCUCACCGCACCAUAGACAGUCAACUGCAGUUGCUUCCUGGUCCUGAGGUCACCUACAGCGACUUCCUGGAUGCCAUCGACCGCAGAGAGGACACGUUCUACGUCGUUUCUUUCAGACGGGACCACCUGCUGUUACCGGCCAUCAGCCACAAUAAAACCAGCCGGCCCAAGAUGUCUCUGGUGAUGCCGGCAAUGUCUGUGAACGAGAGUCUGUAUAACUCCUCUCAGGGCUACGAGAUGAUGAUGCAGGUCGACUGCGAGGUCAUGGAUACUCGAAUCGUCCCCAUCAAGUUCUCCGCCGUCCCACCGUCUCUCCGCGACCCUCCUCCACCUUCCCCUUCCUCACCUCCCCACCACCAUCACCACGGCAACCACACCUCACUCCGAGGACGCCACCAGCAUCACUCCUCCUCAUCUUCGUCUUCCUCAGCAUCCUCGUCAUCGUCUCCAAGGCAUCGUUUACCUGCCCCCCAACAGACGUCCGAAUAUCUAAUCAGCCAGUCAGAAGGAGUUUGAUGAGGUGUUGCCAUGGUGAUGAUGGGAGGAAGGGAGGGAGACAACAGGGGGGAUUAGUCUGACGGUAAACUGUCUGAGAGGAACGUCCAAACCCUGUGGCAUCUCCAGUUUGUACAAAAAUCCCACCAGUUACUGUCACUAAACGCCUCCUCUUGCAGGUUUUGGGGUUUAAACAUGAAAUAAAAUCUUAAGAAGCUAAUGCCCUGUUAUACAAGACCAAAAUUCUAAAAUGAAAGUCAGACACAGCCGCGCUCACUGCUGUGUUUUAAUGUUUAACAGUGAAAAUGUUCAGUGUCGGUGACUUUAUGUGGGUAGUGAAGUCCCAAACGUUGGUUUUACAUCAUGUUGAAAGACUAACGCUUGUUGUUGCAGCACUUGUUGGUCCUGACAGGUGGCGCUGCAGGGCUGCACACUUACAGCUGCAACAAGAACUUUGAAGUUAUCAGAGAAUGUUUUACUGCAUCUCACAGAACACAAACCAACCUCAGCAGUAAAGCAGUUUCUCGUUAAUGGGAGCAAAAUCAUCCCGUGCCACUGGAGAGUUUGUGCAGAGGAACGUGUUUCCUCGACACUACUGACAUCCCGCUCUGUCGUGUUCCUGUGGCACGAGUGUUGUUGUGACUGCUGAACUCAGACUACAUCCAGAGAAGAAGGCAAUAAACCGUGUUGUCUGGGUGUUUGGUGUCUAGCGCUGACGGCUCCUGCAUGAAGUGGGAUCCUGAUGUUGGUUUGAAGAAACUGAAAUUAACCAUUUGUGGCUUUUGACAAACAGGAAACCAGACAGAUGUGUAGUCUGCCACACAGAAUGUCUGUAAAACAUCAGAAAACAGAGACAAAGGCCUGUCUCUAACCGGCAGAAUCAAAUCACUGUCAAAGACUCUUCACCUGCCUGUUCCAGCACGUUACACAAAGGUCCUUCUUCAUGUGGAACCUGUCAGAUUUGUCUUUUGUUGUUGUUUUGUGUAGAAAAUCCAUGUUGUUUUGAAUGGGGAUUAUUUAAUAGUUGUAAAUGUCAGUGUUCACUCUGUAGAUAUUUUGUGUCACGUUUUUAUAGUUUUGUUGUUUUUUAAUUUGUCUUUUGGCAACACGGGAAAAGAAAAAAGAUGAAAAGAUCCUUAGUUCCUUAGAGACUCAGUGAAGAAACAGGCAUGUGUUGAGUUUUUCUAUUUCCUGUUCCUGUGUUUAGCGGACCAGCCGCCCUUACCCGUUUCCUUAUGCUCAUAGUUCGAACUCGGGACUUUCUCUCCUGAUACAGAAUAUUUAUGGAA